AUGAUACAACUGUACCCCGCGAGUCAGAGUCAACACUCGCUGUCUACAGCCCCUGUCGUCCUGGGAGCUGAAGCCACAAGUCCCACUGAGGACGAUAACUUUGGGAUGACAUCGGUUCCUGGUACCCCUGUGACCGUACCCACGACGCCCGACGAUGUUCAAGCACCUUCGUUGGAAAUAUCGCUCUCUCCUGUUCCUCCCCCAGGUCAAUCUCUCGAGCGCCCGACUUCAUCCUCCAUCGUUUUGGACCCGGAGUACUACUGGCCCUCUGUCAAGUUCUCGAUCCAACAACACUUGGUUCGACUUCCAGUAGGCCUCUUCAUCCAACAUUCAGAGAAGUUCGCCACCGAUUAUGGCCUCUCGUCAUUCCUCAAGCUCUCGACCAAGUGGCACUUCAACGACCUCCGGAAGGUCGCCAUCGACGAGCUCUCCGGCGAUGUCAAAAUCGACGCGAUUCAGCGGAUUGGCCUCGCCAGGUCCUACGCGGUAUGCGACUGGCUGGUUUCGGCGUACGAAGAGCUGGUGGAGAGGGACGAGCCCAUCUCUGAAGAAGAAGGGGAGAAGAUCGGUAUGAGCACUGCGUUGAAGCUGUCAGGUGUUGCAUUGCGUAGGCUCCGCGGGACCAAGUCCGUGACCACCUGUAGUGGACUUCGUCGAAAGAGAGAAUUCCCCCGUGACGAUAUCUUGAAGGCCUUCGGCGACGAAUUCGACAAUAUCCAGCGUGUUCAAGGGCAGUACUUGACGAAGAGCGAGAGACGCGAGAAGGAAGCCAGGGAGGCAGCGGAGGCAAAGGCCAAACGGGAAGAGGAGGAGCGGCUGGAAGGGGAGAGAAAAGCCGAGAUGGAGAAACGAGCAGCGGAGGAGGAGGCAGCAAGGAUCCGUGAGGAGGAAGAAGCGAAGAGGAAGGACCGGGAGGAAGAGGACGCGAGAACAGCAGCAGAACGUGAAAAGCGUAUCCAGAAGCUUCGAAUGGAGGAGGAGCGGGUCAAGCGAGAGCUGGAGUUAGAGUUGAGCCAUGAGGGCGUCCCUGCCGGUGGUGAAUUCAGUACCUGGAAUACUAGGCCCGUGACGCCCGAGUGGAGAGCUGCCCAGGUGUUGUGCGAUGAGCCUGGUGAGCCGAGCCCGUUUGGGCGGGGCUUUAAGCCGAUCCCGGUGGUGGCCAAUAGGCCCUUCGAGUUUUCCCCGGCAGUGUUCAGCUCAGGGUCUUUUCGAUCAUCAGUGAACGACCUGAGCUGCCCCCGGCCCCACUAG